GCCAUCUAGCCUUUAUACAUAUCUAUGGCUUUAUCUCUAUUCUCUAAUCCUCACACAAACUGAGUGCAGAUCAGACAUAAACAUGACGAGGCUUUUAGUACUCUGCUGUUUUUCAUUGCUACUGGCAGGUGUGUUUAGUGCUGAUGUUACAGUGACAGUGAUGAAUGGAGAUCCUGUAACUCUGUCCAUUAAUCCUGAGGAAAUAAAGACAGAAAAAAAAGCUGAAAAAUUUUUGUGGACGUUUGAAAACAAAUACAUAGCAACUAUUGAUUUAGAAAGUAAAACUAGUCAAGCAGAAUACCCUGAUAAGAGAUUCACAGACAGACUAAAUCUGGACCGUAACACUGGAUCUCUCACCAUCAACCACAUCAGAACUGAAGACACUGGAGAAUAUCAGAUGGAGAUCAGGAACAGUGGGAAGCCAAAGUACAAGACAUUCAGUGUUACUGUCAAUGAUGAACCAAGCACAUUUUCAGUGAUAAAAGGAGACACUGUAACUUUACCCACUGAUGUUAAAAUACGGCCAGAUGAUGUGCAGUGGAAGUUUAAUGGCAACAUCUUUGCUAACUUAACCCACUCGACGAUCACAAACAUGGAUGUGAAUUCUACGAACGCAAUGCUGAACAUCAACAACAUUAGCCCCGAUCAGUCUGGAGAAUAUGAAGUGAGAAUCAACGGCAGUGGUUUUAUUAUACACAGGACAUUCCGCGUCAGGGCUGUAACAGAUGAAGUGGAGUCAUUAUCAGUGAUGAAGGAAGAAACUGUCACUCUGAACACUAAAGUCAAAACACAGGCGGGUGAUGUGAUCGAGUGGAAGUUUAAAAACACUCCCAUAGCUAAAAUGGACAGAAGAAUCGAUCCCCAGCCAGAUCCUGCCCUUGAUGGGAGAUUCAGAGACAGACUGGAUGUGAAUUCACGUGGUUAUCUCAUCAUUACACACAUCAAAACUAAUGAGUCUGGAUUUUAUGAUGUAAACAUCACUAACAUCAAUCGCUCUAUUCAGAAGAGAUUCAGUCUUACUGUCACUGAAUCCAGUUCAGGGUCACACCAGGAGAAGAUUUGUCCAGGAUUAUUUGUUGUAGUGAUCAUGUUGGUGACAGCCCUGUUUAUGCCUGUUACAGGAGACGAUUGACAGCCACCCUGCAACAGCAAAGGUCCAUAGGCACUGAAUGCUGUAUAACAAAAGUGAAGACUUCAAACACAGCUACACAACGUUUGACAGCUAAAAAUCAAUUGUUAAGCUGUAAAACAACUUUAAAUGUAACAAAUAUUCAUUUGUUUUUGUGUAAAUACACAAUAAUGUCCUCACUAUAUAAUGUGACAUAAUAGUUUGCUUUUCACAGUAUGUAUGUAGGGCUGCAAUGGAACACAACAUUAAUCUUUUGAAUCAGAAACAAUAACUUCAAAUUAACCUGCUAGUUUUUCAACUUUCAGAUCUAGUGUCAAGUCUCGGGCUUAAAUAUGGAUAUCAGGACUGGUUUCCUGGGGCCUCAUUAAUAUAAAUAAAAUAUAUAAAAUAUAAAAUGUUAUCAAAAAUGCGUACGUGUGAUUCAUAAACUGAACGUACACUCUAAAAACAAAUGGUGCUAUAUAGCACCAAAAGUGGUUCUUUGCUCGUAAUCAUAGAAGAACCGUUUUUGUGCCAUAUAGCACCGGUGAAGCACCUGUGUAGAACCACAUAGUGCUAUUUAGAACCAUAUGUGGUGCUAUAGUGGUGCUAUAUGGCCCCCAUAUGGUUGUUCACCAGUGCUUCACCGGUGCUAUAUGGCACUAAAAACGGUUCUUCUAUGAUUACAAGCAAAGAACCACUUUUGGUGCUAUAUAGCACCGUUUUUUUUUAGAGUGUACGCGCAGGAAAUGCACGUACCCCUUUCCUUCAGAUGUGAAAUUUAUAAAUCGCAAAUAAACUAUAACUUGUGCGCAUCUGAGCAGUUUCAGACCUCUGCUUUUAAACGAUGUCUAAUUAAUGUCAUAGACAUAUAAAAGAGCGCUUGUCAAUGUUUAAAUUCAAUUUCGAGCACUAAGAAUGGCUUAUAUUGCCAAAAACCUGCAGCAAACGGACAAGCAAAAGUGCGUACGUCUGCUCAGACCCUGACGUGGCGCUAAGCACUUUUCCACGUCAAAGACAGUUUUUAUAAAUAUGGACUUUGACGUGGAUUUUUGCAUACACACACUUUAUGAUUAAAUCUGUGCGUACGCACGCUUUAUAAAUGUGGCCCCUGGUCAAGAUUUAGAUUAAUCCAGGACUAUGCCUGUAUAUAAGGGCAUUUUUACAAAGUUUUUACAAGCUUUUCUGCUGUGCAUCUGAGACAAAACAACGGCACUGAUAUCUUUUAAGAUAUGUCAAUGCAGCUCAAACAUGCAUUUUAGUCUGAGACUAGAUUUAAACCCUGUCUAGCAAACUGACCCUGGGUGCGGUCAGAUAACCGCACUCAUUUGUCCCCAGUGUUGCCAUCCAGUGUUGAUCUUAGGCCAAAAACUUACUUCAGUGUUAUUGCGGUUCAGUUCCUGUGUGGGUCUGUUGUAACACUUUUAAUUGUCAUUUAUUUCACAUUCAUUAACAAGAACUAAAAGAUUAUAUAAAUAAAUUGGUGGUCAAUUGUUACACUUUGAAAUGAUGGCUUAUUUGGUUCUUGGGAUUUCCCCAGACUGUGAACUAUUUCAUUUCAUCAAUAUCCUGUAACUUGAAUCUGCAACAGUUCAACAUCUGAUCCAAUGUAUUUUAUUCUCAUUCUGUGUGUUUUAAUUAUUUUUUGUCUUAUUUUAGUUUUCUAUGUUUUGUACCUUGUCUCAUUUUUGUAUUAUGUUAAACAUUAGAUUUAUUUAAUGUUUAUUCCUUAACAACUUAUACUUGCUAGUAUUUUUAGUAUGUUAAUGUAAACUGAGGUCAGUAAUUCACUCUUGUGUUGUGUAUAUAAAUGAGGAUUAAUGUUCUGCUGUAUGUGUUGAUGCCUUUAUAUUUGAUCUUGCUAGUAAACAGAAGCAGUACUGCCAUCUAGUGAAGAAACACUGGAAUGAACAGCAUGAACAUUAAAUAGUUAAAUUAAAAAAUCUUUAAACUGAAAUUAAAUCCACAUCCACAUGCUGAAUAAGUUAUCUGAAAUAAAAGCAAGCUUGUGCUAUAACUUUGUCUGUGGUUAAACACAUCCGUCCUGCUUUCUAUCUGUAUAUCAAUCAAUAAACACCAUAAAUCACU